AUGAUGUUCUCCAAGUCUUUCGCUUCCCUUGUUAUCCUUGUCUCUGCUGCUUGCGUUUCUGCGGCUCCCGCCAGCCGGGGCGGUGACCGGGGACACGUUCAGAUGAACAACGGAGGCCUCAAAGGCAAUUCUGUCGGCGCAGCGUACUUCAUCACGAACGAAGCUGACAGGAACUUUGUUGUAUCUGCCGACAUCGGUUCGGAUGGCAAACUGACCCUUGCUAGGGCCACCAGUGCGGGUGGCCGCGGUCAGCACGGCAACACCGACCCUAACGGCCCAGACGGUUUAUUCUCGCAAGCCUCCAUCAAAGCUUCCCAGACCGGCAAAAUCCUUGCCACGGUUAACCCUGGUUCCGACACCGCUGCAGUGUUCGCCAUCAACCCGCAGAACCCAUCAGAGAUCCAGAUGAUUGGAGAACCCGUGUCCACGGAGGGCGAGUUCCCUAUGUCGUUGGCCAUCAACAAGAACGGCGACAAAGUUUGCGUCCUGAACGGAGGCCAAGUGGAUGGUGUCAACUGCUACAAGGUCGACCAGAAACUCGGCUUGAUUACGAUCCCGGGCACGCUCCGCCCCCUCGGCAUCAACCAGACCACGCCCGCUACUGGCCCCGCCGGCACGGCGUCCCAGCUGCUUUUCAGCGAGGACGAAAAGUCGCUUAUCGCCUCGGUGAAGGGCACCCCUCCCCAGCCCGGUUUCCUUGCCGUCUGGUCCGUCGCUGACGAUGACACCCUCUCCGCCGACUUCACCAAGGUCGCGCCCGCCUCGGGCGGCCUCCUCCCCUUCUCGAUGACCGUCAUCCCGGGCAAGAACGCGAUCCUCGCCACCGACGCUGGUCUCGGCUUCGACGUCUUCGACUUCUCCGGCGUCCAGUCCGGCGGAAACUCGCAGCAGGCUGUCGCUGCGAGCGGGAAGAGUAGCGCGGUGCCCAUCUCCGGCCAGGUCGCCACCUGCUGGAGCAGCCUUAGCGAGAAGACGGGCAACUUCUACCUGACCGACAUCGGCACCGCGACGGUGACCGAGGUCAACCUCGACCAGAACCUGAAAGGCACGAUCGUCAAGCAGUACCCCCAAAUUGCGGGUUCUGGCACGAUCGAUAACGCCAUCGCCACUGUUAACGGCAAGGACUUCCUGUACGUGCUCGGCGCGAACGCCACGCAGAUCGAUGUUCUCUCGCUCGAUGCGCCAGGCCAGGCCACUGGCAUUCAGACCUUGGACAUUGCUGGCCCAGCCAAGUCCGCUGGCCUGACCGUCAACGGGUUUAACUUGCAGGGCAUGACCACCUUCGUCAAGAACUGA